AUGAUAGAGUAUUUGUAUCGAAUACCAGAGAAAUUAUCACCAUACGACGUGCAAACAAAUUCUCCGAAUUUUUGGAAACAAAAGGAAAACUGUUACUUUAGUGAUUGCUACAUGAUAAAAGUCGAAAUGGAUAGAGCCACAGUAAAACUAUCUGAUCAUCCUACUGGUUCAUCUUCACAAUCUAAUCUGUAUGCAUUUCAAAAGUACUAUAGUAAUUCAUAUAUUAUAACGCUCAAACUGAGAGAAUUGUUUUUGAAUGAACGGUAUUUUAGGAACUUGUUUAGCGAUGGCUUGAGGAUUUACUCAAAUGAUAAUACUAAAUUUGACUUUUUCUUGAAACUAGCAAAUAAAAACAAGAGCUAUAGAUGA